AUCUCUACCACGGUCCAAACCUCUUGUGUCUUCUCCCUCUGUAUCUCUUCGUAACGGACUUCGUUCUUAUCUUGGCCCUGGUUACGUCGUGUUUCAAUCCGGCAGCAUCAGUCUACCGCAUCCGCAUCGAGUUGGUUACAGGCGCCAUAGUAUUUACUGGACGCAAUAGUGCAGCUGCCACAUCUUACCUAAAGCAUUGAAAUCUGCCCUGGGUUGCCAGUGCUACCGCAUCCACGCCGACGUGAGUGGAUUUGUUACGAUCGAAAGGGCAAGUCGGCGGAGACGGCAGUGUGACCGAACUGCCAGUGCGCGCGACUCGCGGUGACUUGAAGGGGACGGGCUGCAACUGGAUUGAUCUGGGAAAUCUGGUCGCCAAGGAAAAACAAAGACGCUCCACUGACGGCGCGUUGCUGGGCGGGAUCAUUGGACAACUUGAACCAACCAGUGGCAGACGUGAAGGCUGCGUUCUGCACUCUGCAGCCUGCGCCCGGCACCGUAGUACUGCGCUGCACUGAUCGGUCCUGGUGCCAGGGCUGCGACGCAGGCUGCUCUUCUCUUCUCCCGCAUAACACCAACCAUCACAACUCAGCACCACCACGUCUUCCACCUCUUCCACCACCUCUUGCUUCCGCACCCGCUGCGACUUUGGCUUGCGAGCUGAGACUCAAUUGUUCAGCUUCGCUUCCUCUUCGAGAAGGUAUCACAUCGCAUUCCAAGCAUCUUCGAGUCGACCAGAGUUGUCUGCACGCCGGGUGCCCGCUUUCACGUCCUCCCGCGUUUUUACGUGCAGCCCUCUGGAUUAACUGCACCUAACAACGCGCCCUAGCAACCUUCGUGUUUGUCACCCAAUUCUCGCGCAACACAGCUCCUUCAGCCACUUCGACAACAUCACAACUUGAGGACUUGUUCGAGGACAUACUCUCCCGAUCGUACGCAAUAUUGUAUCUUCAACGUUGUUCCACGUCUAGAACACGUCCAGAGAGCUCCUCUCUGACUUCUUUCUUCUGCACCAACAUCUUCGUUCUUCAUCGUGACCACCCUAGUCAACAGUCAAACCGCCACGACGGCGUCUGCUUUUCAAGAUGCCUGUCUCAAAUACUCGGCAACGAUUAGCUAACACUAAGAACGAUGAAAACACUCUCCAAUCCACAAUCUUGACACGUUCCAAAGCUGCCGUUCUCUCGGGUGCUCAGGAUGCCUCGCUAGCGAAGAAGCCACUCCAAACAAAGAAGUCCACCACCAGUACAUUGAAUGGAACUCAGAGAAGACGUGCCCUGGGAGAUGUGACCAACGCGGCGAAAGGAGCUGAGGCUGUCCAAGCGGGAAAGAAGGCCGUUGGGAGCAAAACUGGUCUCCAAUCCAAAGUCGCACCGCCGGCGGCUGGAGGUGUGCAGAAGCUGUCGAGGACCAACUCAUCGAGGGCAGCCUUGGGUGUGAAGGACAACAACGCGAAGCCAAAGGCUGGUUCGGAAACGAAGAAACCUGGAAGUGGCUCGGGUGUGUUGGGCAAUGCUCAGAAGAGACGAACUCAGACCUCGACCUCCACUGUGCCAUCAUCCAAGGAUGCCACGCCCGAUGUUGACGAGCCGCCGCGAAAGAAGUCAUGCGUCGAGGAAGUUGUCGAAGUUGUCGAAGAGGUUCAGGUUGAAGAGGAGUCGUACGAUAUCAUCGAAGAGCUCGACGCCGAAGACCGUGACGACCCGUCCAUGUGUGCCGAGUAUGUCCGCGAAAUCUUCGACUACUACUUUGCUCUGGAAGAAGUCACCCAACCCAACCCCCACUACAUGGAUCACCAAGACGACCUGGAAUGGAAGAUGCGAGGCAUUCUCGUCGACUGGUUGAUCGAGGUCCAUACACGAUUCCGAUUGUUGCCCGAGACAUUGUUCCUGGCUGUCAACAUUGUCGAUAGGUUCUUGUCGCAGAAAGUUGUGCCACUGGACAAGCUCCAGCUCGUGGGCAUCACCGCCAUGUUCAUCGCCUCCAAGUACGAAGAGGUCUUGUCUCCCCAUGUCGGCAACUUUGUCCAUGUCGCCGACGACGGCUUUACGGUUGAAGAAGUCCUCAGUGCCGAACGAUACACCCUGGCUACUCUGAAGUACGAUCUAAGCUAUCCCAACCCGAUGAACUUUUUGAGACGUAUCUCGAAGGCCGACAACUACGACAUCCAAACCCGCACUCUUGGAAAGUACCUGAUGGAGAUCAGUCUGGUCGAUCAUCGCUUCCUGGAAUACAAGCAGAGCCAUAUUGCUGCCGCUGCCAUGUAUCUUGCUCGCAUGAUAUUCGAACGCGGUGGAUGGAACGCGACUCUCGCCAAGUUCUCCGGCUAUACCGAGGAAGAGAUCUUGCCUGUGUUUGAUCUUAUGGUCAGCUAUCUCGAAGCACCAGUCGCCCACGAGGCUCUGUUUAAGAAAUACGCAAGCAAGAAGUUUCUCAAAGCAUCAAUCAUGGCUAGAAAGUGGGCCAAAGACUUUGGUGCCAGCCGUCGAAAUGGUGCUGCGUCAGUUUCCGACGUGAAGGUCGUACAAUAGAGCGUCGUUGGUUCGUUCCCGUGUCAUUUCGUGGGACACAUCGGGACGAUUAUCGGAUUUCCUGGAAAGCUUGUACAACAUGGUUCUUGCUUAGCCGUCCUUCCAGCAACGCCGCGAUUUAUGGUCGAAAACCAUUACCCUUCAUGACUGAAAACGAUACCCCAACUCAAUUAGCAUCAGCAUUAUUACCACACAUUGAUACACUCGUCAGCCACUCUUCGACGGCGCCACUCAGCAAUCAUACGAGCAUCAUUUGCGUCACCGUCACCCUUACUGUCAGCGUCACUUUGCGCAUUACAGAUUGAUCUACUCGGCCCAGGAGUGGGAUUUCAGUCCUCCUCUGGGCACCUGAAAUUGUUUGUCUUGGCUCAAUCACUGCAACGGCGUUGAUGAAGGGUGGCUGAAGUCAUGCCAACUCGUCUGAUAUCGAGUGGCAUACCAAAGUGCUACUACCGGAACGGCGAACAUGGGCGUCAUGUGGGGUUCCGGAACCGGGCGAAAGUUGUUUGUUUAUAUCUUUUCUGUUUGUGUCACGCGAUGGUUGUUUGAAGUUGCAUUGUCCUUGCGCUGCCCUGAAUGGUUCUCGAAGCAGGUGAUGUGAGUGAGGAAGUGUCCAGGGAGAGGGUGGUUGAGUGAAGACAACCAAAGACACGUGCACACACACUCACAUCUUGUGCUUAUCGACGUUCAGGGCGAAAACAUAGAGGGCAGAUGAUGAAUGGGCUCUUUGGAUUGCGAGCGACGAUGGGUAUCAAUGGCAUGGCCGGGACAGACGACCAUCAUCAUCAUCAUGAUAUCCUAGUGCAGGCAGGUUUUACAUACCUUGGAGACUCAUUCAUUCUUGUUUGAACUACGUUAUGCUGUACAGCACACAGUAAUUCAAGUUGCCAUGAUUAUGAUCAUUGUUGCUAUUCCUUGGAGAGAGCCAGGACUUUCUGGGUGGGCGAUUGCUUGCUUUUGUUCCGGUUCCUGGUACUAGCAGUAGGUACCUAGCCAGGGGUGCGUGUGAGUACAGGAGUCCAGGCUGUUCUGAACAAUAGAUUUCAUUAAUUGGACUUGCC